CCGCGAGUUAACACCUUGGCGUAACAACUCGGAUAGCUACCGAGCCAAAGUAAAAACGAGUGUAAAUAAGAAAAAUUAGCGAAGAAAGAGAGAACUGCCGACGGCGCCACCAAAAAGGCGGAUAAUAGGGUACAAUUUUGUUCGGGCUUGUCGCUAAAGCGCGUAAAAGUGCCAAGUGCCAAGUGCGGAAGCGAUAAAAGUAAAGACUAGAUCGAUAUUUUGCUUGCGUGUGUAAGCGUUGGAAGUUGAAAGCGCGACGAGCACACUGUUAGCGUGUUUGAAAUCAAAAACUUAAACACCGCUUUUGAAACCCCGCAAAAUAAGGAUAAUUCUCGUCGCCGCUUGCGCUCGUAAUCGCCUGUAUGAGCACGCGCGUGUGAGUGUGUGUGUGUGUUGGCUUCCGCGCGUUCGCCUGAUGACAUCCACAAAUGUGUUCGUCCAAUGCUGCAUCCAGUGCGCAUGAUAAUAAUUUGUUGAAUAGUGUUAGAGUGGGCAUGGAAUCGCCGCCGUCACAUCUUUUGCAUCAACAACAACAACAAAAUUUACAGCCCCAACAACAUACGUUAUCUGUGAUGCCAGUGAUGGCGGGCGGCGCAUUGCCACCGACAGCCGGUGGCGUUACAACGCUUCCGCUCCCCAUGCAAGCACAUGUUCCUAUACCCGGUUUAACGGCACACGGCAUUGGUCAGCCGCCGUCGGUAGCUCUGCCACCACAUGUGGCGCCCACAGUGCCGCUGUCACCAACAGUGGGACUACCAGCCGCUCCACCUGCCUCUAUUCCGCCGGGCAUUGCGAAUGCUCCAAGUUUGGGUAACAUCUUUGGAAAUGCGCAUUCAGCCCCACAUUCAACGCUCAAUGCUCUAAUGUCACAACAUCGCCUCUUGGAACUCUCUCGUUUCGGUUUGCGUGGCUACGAUUUGGCCCAACAUAUGCUGACGCAACAAGGCGCUGUCUCCAAGUUGUUGGGUACAUUGAGGCCACCUGGUUUAAUCGGCGGAUCAAAGCCAAAAGUUGCUACGCCCGCUGUAGUCUCGAAAAUCGAGCAAUACAAACGCGAUAAUCCGACAAUAUUUGCGUGGGAAAUACGCGAACGGCUGAUAUCGGAAGGUGUUUGCACGAAUGCUACGGCGCCCUCCGUAUCCUCCAUCAAUCGCAUAUUACGUAAUCGCGCGGCAGAACGUGCUGCUGCUGAAUUCGCACGCGCUACCAGUUAUGUUUAUAUGCAUCCCACACAUCCCGGCUUUCCGACAUGGCCGUCCACCUUACCACCACCACCGCCUCAUCUAUGGACGCCUGGCGCAACAGCGGCUGGCGCUGGUGGUGUCGGUUGCGGUUUCCCAAACAGUUUGCCCCAAGGUAGUCUUCCACCGGCAAAUUCCAAUAUUUCCAUACCACCAAUAUCACCCGGGUCGGGUAGUCACGAGACAUUGGGAUCACCGGAUGCCAGUCGUAUGAUUGAUAUUGAAGGCGAGGACUCUGACACAGAUGACAGCGAUCAGCCUAAAUUCCGUCGAAAUCGAACUACAUUCAAUUCUGAGCAGUUGGAUGAGCUGGAGAAGGAGUUCGAAAAGUCACAUUACCCUUGUGUGAGCACGAGAGAGAAAUUAGCAGCGCGCACUGCACUGAGUGAAGCGAGAGUUCAGGUUUGGUUUUCCAACAGACGAGCGAAAUGGCGCCGACACCAGCGGGUCAGCCAGCUGAAACAGCAGGGUUCCAACUCACCUCAGACACACUGCGCGAUGCAACGCAACCAUUCACCAGUCAACCCACAACGACUUCACCAUAUAUUGGAUGUGGAGAAUUACAACAACACCAGCAAAGCGAACGCAACAAACAACUACUACGGAUUGCAAACGGGUACAACAGCCCAUACGUUGGACUAUACACACAAGCUUGUGAACGCUUUUAUCCCUACAGCAAAGCAAGACGGACAACAAUUUCACACGAACAUGAAUACAGUGAGUCUGCAGCAACACCAACAACGAAACCACGAAGCGCUCCACCACAGCAGCGACUCAACGAAAUCAAAAGCGUUGCCUUCGCCGCAACACGGCAAAACAACACCACCACCACCACCACCACCUGCGUUGGUCAUUCCAUCGCACACAGCAUCAGUUCCAUUAUUAAUGGGCGGUGAGCAUAGUGCUUUCCGCUCAAUGGUGGUGAAUCCCGUAUUGUCCGAGGCAAUGCUCGCGCUAAACUUCACCCGCCAAGUUGUCUCCGCCGCACAACAGUCGAAACUGCUGGCGAGCGGGGGCGAAAACGGCGAAGAUGACUCACCACUUUCUCACUCUGUCACACCCUCACCGACGAACACGACACACUCAAAGGUAUCAGAGGAGGAGAUAAAUGUGGUGCAAGAUGUGGAAAGUAGUGGGCAGUGCAAUGAGGAUGUGACAAAUUAUGAAAAAUAAGCAGAUCUGAGCCUGAGGACUAAGCCCAAUGCUGCAUAGGAUUCCCAAGUCUGAUUAAAGCAAUUCUAACGGAGUAAGGUUGUGUGUAACAUGUGUAUUUAGAGCGAAAUGAUUAGUCUUAACGCUAUAUUAUAAGAGAGGGUUAUAUAUAUAUGUAUCUAUAUAGCAAACUGAAUUCCAAGCGCUCUCUUUAGGUAUUUUAUAAUAAUUUAAUUCUCUCAAAUCAAAUUUAAGUAACUUAGUGC